GAAAAAUCGAGUUCACUCACGCAACGUGUUUGCAAACAAAUCCGGGACGCAAAAAGCUUGCCUGCGGCGCGUUGUUUUUGUGGUUCUGCACAGAAAUUUCGAUAGAUUGUGUAAUUUGCGUAGUUUCGGGAAUAAUUUGAGUGUUUAAUGUAUGAAAAAUGAGUGAUAAUUUCAUGAGCGACAGCGAGGCAGAGGAGGAUGCGGAUUUUUCUGCGAGCGAGAACGAAUGGCUGCCGGGAAAGGAAAAAGGUGCGAAAACUUCCGGCGUUGCAAAAUCCGAUUCGGAGGAUGAGUCCGGCUCGGACGCCAGCAAUGAAAGUGGGCAGCUUGUGAACAGUAAAUCCAAGAGGGGAACGAAAUCGAGUGGCGCAAGGAAUCAACGUGCCGCACCGAAAUCAAAGCUUUCAGCUGAGGAACGAACGCGGCUUUACGAGAAGUAUCGUUCGAGUCCAUCCACCUCGGCAAAACCUGCAAAAGUUCAAGAUUCGGAUAGCGACAGCGGCGACGAACAUCUCGUGAACGCGGAUCAGCUGGAUCUGAACUCAGACUUUUUCACGGAAGCUCCGGUCAAAGCUAGCGCGGAAAAUGCCCCCCGCUUUGAUUGUGACGCGGGAAUGCGCCUGUCCGAUUCAGAUUCCGACGAACCGGCAGAUGAUCAAAAGUCGGCGGAAGAGAUCGAAAAGGCCAAGCGCGAUGCCAACAAGAAGCUCAUCGCCAAAAUCAACAAGGACUCGCAGGGAUUCGUCAACUUUGACGGUUUGACCGAGUUUAACCGGAAGAUCGAGCAGGCCAAAGCGAAGCUCGCUGCAACGAAAGAGGUUCCGAGCGAGGCUCCGUCGGGUGUGAGCGACCUGCUGGCCAUGGGCGAGCAGAAAGCGGAGUCUUCGAAAGGGAAGCUGAAGGCGCGAAGCGCGCGUAAGAAGGACGACUCCGACGAUGACGACUGGGAGGACGUUGAGGACAAGGAGGAGAGUCGUCCGCAGGGCGAUGUUGAGAUUACGGUGGAUGUUGGACCGUCUGAAGUCAAGAAGAAGAAACGUUGCAAUGAGUUUGAUGUGGAGGCGUGCAUCAAGCGGAUCGUUAACCGGGAUCGGCGGGAAAAUCGGCUCGUUCUGCACAAGGUUAGCGUCCUGAUGGCCAUAGGUCAGGGAAACUACAUCAACACUUCGCUCAACAGCACCAAGCUGCUCUCGAUCGCGCUGUCGCUAAUCCCGUCGCAAAAGUGCUACCCCAAAGACCGAACCAGCAUCGAGUACUUUGAGCAGAUCACCAAAUACUUCCGCCAAAUUGUCGACCUGAAAGAUAAGCGCAUGUUUCACCGGUAUCGCAAGGUCCCGGACCUGGAAACCGCACUCCGACUGCAAAUGCUAACGAAGACCGCAAAUUGUCGAAGAGAUUACGUUCUAAUUUUCAUCAUACUUCUUCGAGCAAUCGGCGUUCAGUGCCGGCUGGUUAUUUCGUUGGUUGUAGCGCCAAAAAAAGCUCCCCAAAGCGAAGUGGGGUUGUCACCGCCGGCCAAGGGAGGCAAGAAAAAGGAGCCGGAAGUCAAAGCUGGCACCAGCAAGACCGUCAAGGCAGAUCAUGACUACGAGAGUGGUGGUAGUAAAGGCAGCAAGAGAAAGCCGACGAAGACGACGCUGAAGAUACCGCAGCUGGACGGCAACGACGACACGGCGGCCGUUCCGGCGAAGAAGGCAAAGACGGCGGCUUCCAAGGCGAAAUCGAAACCGGCGAAGGAAGAGCGGCCGGGAAGUUCCAAGGAAAGCUCCUCGAAGGUAAAACUACAGGAAAGUUGCAUGUUUUCACCGCGAAAGACACGCAAACAGCGCCAGGAGCAAAACGGUAGUGACUCAACGAGUCCCAAGAAGCCGAAGCUUGCGGAGAACCCACCGAAGGCGUCGUCCUCCGCUUCGUCUUCAACGAUUUUGAUCCGAAAGGACUACAAAGCAAAGGUCGAACCGGCGAAGGAGGUCAAGCCAGUGAAGGAAACUAAACCGGCGAGAAAAUCCGAACCUAAAUCAGCUGACAAAACGUCUCGAAAUAACAAAGGAGAAUCUCCACCUGUUAAGAAGCUCGAAAAGUCUAAAAAAGCUGAACCGAUCGUAGUCAAGGUCGAAUACGUGGACAAGCGUCUCAAACGGCUCGAUCGUCGCAUUCUUUCCACAGACGACGAAGGCGGCCACAAGGACCAAAAGCCAUCGCCCAAGUCCGGCGGUGCCAACGUCUGGAUCGAAGCCUUCGCCGAAGAGGAAGAGCAGUGGAUCCCGAUUGACGCCGUCAGCGGAAAGGUCCACGCCCUGGAGCACAUCGUCAAGCAAGCCUCCUCCCCGCUGGUCUACAUCCUGGCCUGGAACAACGACGGCACCAUCAAGGACGUCUCGACACGCUACUGCGCCAACUACGUCACCAGCACCAAAAAGCUUCGCAUCGAACACGAGUGGCUCGACGAAGCCCUGGCCAAAUUCAAAGGCAAACCAACGGCGCGCGACAUCGAGGAAGAUCGUGCCCUCAACCGAGCCCUACUCGAACAACCCCUCCCGAAAUCCAUCGGCGAGUUCAAAAACCACCCGCUCUACGCCCUCAAACGGCACCUCCUCAAAUUCGAAGCAAUCUACCCACCGGACGCCCCCACCCUCGGCUUCAUCCGCGAGGAACCGGUGUACGCGCGGGAAUGCGUCCAAACGCUGCACUCGCGCGAACUCUGGCUCAAGCAAGCCCGCACCGUGAAGCUGUUCGAAAGUGCGUACAAAGUGGUCAACGCACGGCCCAAGUACGAUCGCGCUGCCGGGCAGAUGUUGCCGGCCCAGCCGCUCGAACUGUUUGGGCUGUGGCAAACGCAGGACUACGAGCCGCCGACGGCGGAGGAUGGCAUCGUGCCGCGCAACGCGUACGGCAACGUGGAGCUGUUCAAGGCGUGCAUGCUGCCCAAGAAGACGGUCCAUUUGCAGUCAGUGCCCGGCCUGAACCGGAUCUGCAAGAAGCUGCGCAUCGACUGCGCCCAGGCCGUCACGGGCUUCGACUUUCACGGCGGCAGCAGCCACCCCGUGUACGACGGGUUUGUCGUGUGCGAAGAGUUUCGCGACCUCGUCGUUGACGCCUGGCACGAGGAGCAAAUCCAGGAGGAGAAGCGCGAACAGGAAAAGUACGAAAAGCGCGUCUACGGAAACUGGAAGAAGCUCAUCAAGGGGCUGCUGAUUCGGCGCCGGCUUCAAAACAAGUACAACUUUGAUAACCUGACCGGUUGAACCCCGAGGGGUUUGCGGGGUUGCGUUGUCAUCCUGGUGAGCAAUAAACGUUCUGUCGAAUUCAA